UUUUGCUCUUUUAAUCUGGGGUGUUUCUAGUAUUUCUGGGCUAGAAAAUGAUUGUUGGUAUCAAGUAAUCAUUGCUGUUGCUUUGUAACAUCUGCAGUAAAUUGGAUAGUGUUGCUGUCAUGUAAUGCCACCAUUUCCAGGUAUGUGGAUAGUGUUAAAAUGUAUCUUAGAUGAUCAAUAGGGUAUAUCUGAAAUCAAGAACUAUUAGAGUAUAAAGAGACAUUCUUUUAAACUGCUUGGUCCCAUACCCCACUUCUUGUGAGCCCCCUUCUGGCAUGACUUUUCUCCAUCUGGUACAGAAUCGGGAGGAAAGCCAGGGGGCUGAGGCACAACGUACAGAUGUUGUUUCUUGUGCUAAGCAGGCCUCCAGAGGUGGCAGAACAGCCAUAAAAAGGGAGAGGGAUGGGGGGCGAAAACGACUACUCCAGACAGGACGGAGAGGUCAUCGGUGCUCAAGCUAUGGCUGCAAUCGCUUAUUUUUCAAUAUGCAGGACCUGAUCUCCCAUGUGUCAGUCCACUACAAACCCACAGAGUCACUGGCCGAUAAACGGUUUUCGUGCUCUAUGCCUGGCUGUACAGAGGAACUGGCGAGCAUGCAAGAUCUCAUGAACCAUCUCAAGGUCCACUACAAGCCUAAUCGCUACUUCAAGUGUGAAAACUGUAUGCAGCACUUUCGCACUCACAGGUCCCUUUUCAAGCACCUUCAUGUCUGUUCUAACCCUGCAGCACAAGCCAUACAAAAUCCUCAACCCCAGUCCUCUUCAACUGAUUCCAAGCCUGAAACACAACCACAGCCAACACAAAACCAAACCAGUGUUAUCCAGUGUGUCAAGAAUGAGGCUCCUAUCCCAGCAUCUGAUGUUCCUUCUACAUCCUCCUUAAUACCAUCUACCUCUUCCCUUUCUGAAGAUCUUCACCAAUCAAUGAGCACUUUGGUUUCUCAGACUUCAAGUCCUUUUCCUCUUCUUGAUCCCUCCAUGUUUGCAGGGAGAAUAUCUAGCCCUUCCUCUUCCUCUGUUGCUGGCUCUUAUCUUCCUUACAUCCACCCUUCUGCGUACGCCUUAUCUCAGGUCUCCAGGCUCAGGCCCUUGCUCGGGAACCAAGGCCUACCUGUCUCCAACGCUGUGUGGAAAAAGAACCAAGGACACUCAACUAAUAGUCGAAUUCUUUGGGAGCACACACGGGAUAGUUAUAACUGUAUGCAGUGUACAUUCUCAACUGCCUCUCGGGACCAGAUGACCAAACACAUUGAGGAGCUUCACAAGACAACCUUAUCUUCCAAACUGCAGGAUGAGAUAGAUUAUGACCUGGAUCUCCUUCCCUUCCACUCAAAGCUACCUCCAGAAAUGGAACCCAGCCUUCUCCCCCAGCUGUGAAUGACCUAAACUAAUUCUGAGAAAUACUAAACAGUCCAGCUCUAAUAUCAAGGAAAGGCCUGCAUGGUCAGCAGCUUGGGGAUAGAUGCAAAUUCAUGGGCAAUAUGGUUUGAAUCUGGACAUGGCAACAGUGAAUGGACAUAUAUCUGGCUACCAUGUAACAGACACAAAAAUACCAUUGUUAAAAUGGAAACCAUACUGAGGCAAUCAUUAAGAGACAAUUGCCAUGCUGCACUUCAGCUUUUUUAUUACUUUGCAUGGAGCCCUGACAUUUUCAUUCUUAGUUUUAUUUCCUAGGAUAAAUAGCAGUUAUAACCACUGCUACAAUUAUCUCAGGUUGUGAUUUCAAUGGAUCAUGGAUCAUGUUAACUCAUUGUGAGACCAUUUGUCAAUAUAGGAAAACCAGGUAUGGGGCAGGACAGAAUACUGGGCUUUUUCUAUAAGUGCAUGAAUUGGUGGUUUUUAAUACUACAGAGAUAUUGUAGCUAUGGGGGUGUCAGAAUCUCAAAAAAUAAAAUAUCUUGGGUAAUCAGAUGCUGAUCUCUGCUAAAAGUAUUAAAAUGAUAUAUAUUAUUACAAAUUCGGCCAAGUAUUUACAAAUCUUUAGUUUUGUCUGAACACAUUGUCUUUAAAAAUGUUCAAAUAUUAAACACCCUUAAGGGAUACUGUCAUGAUUUUUAUGGUCUACUUUUUAUUUUUAAAUCACUCUACCAUUUAAAAUGUUAUUCUUGAACAAACAAAUAUAUAUUUUUUUGUUGCAAAACUGGGGUGUAAGCACCCUUCUCAGUGCAUUGUACCUGAGUCAGAUAACUUAUUGUUUCUGCUACUCCCAUGUAAGUGGAGGAGUCCCAAGCCGGACUUGGAUUUCUUACUAUUAAGUGCUAUUGUCAUAUGUACUGGGAGCUGCUAUCCUGAUACCUUUCCAUUCUUCUGCUGAUUGGAUGCUGGGAGGGGAGUGAUAUCAGCUCAGCAGUAAAGUGUUACUGAAGUUUAUCAGAGCACAUGACGGUGGUAUGUGGCAAGUCACAUGGUUUUGGCACCCUGGUAAAUGAAGAAUAUGGCUAGCCCCAUGUGAAAUUUUAAAAUUAAAUAUAAUAAAAUCUGUGUUUUUAAAAAAUAAAUUUCAAUGCAGGAGAAACUUAAUUAACUGAUGUGUUUUGAAAAAAAAAACAUGUUUUCCCAUGACAGUAUUCCUUCAAAUGGUAUCACAAAUUAGAUACAAUUUCCCUACUUUAAAAAGGAGAUAUUUACAGUAAGCUUCAGUUGGUAGUCUCAAUGAAUUACAUUUUUAAUGAUUUUGUAUGCUCUUUUAGUAAAUAUAGUUUAGUGUCAUGUGAUUGUUAAAUUAAAUGAGAAAUAUUCUGUAAUAAUGGUUUAACUGGUAUUCAUUAGUGCAUCAUAUGAAUGUUGUGCAGACAGGAUUGUUGCAAUGGAAGAAUGUCCUUACACAAUUUUUUUUUUUUUUUU